AUGUCCGGUCUCGAUACUGAUAUUGUAGGCCAUCAUCUACCUCUUAGAGAAGAGUGCCCUACCGUGAAGAAAAAUCUACGAAGGAUUCGUCCUGACAUGGCUAUGAAGAUCAAGGAGGAAGUGCAAAAGCAGUUUAACGCUGCCAAACGCUUAAGGAAGUACAUGCUCACCCAUACAACAUUGUUAAUCUCCAAGAUGUACCCUGUCAAAUACAUCUUCGAGAAGCCUGCUCUAACCGGUAGAGUAGCAUGUUGGCAAAUGGCUUUGACCGAGUACGACAUCCAAUAUGUCACUCAAAAGGACAUCAAAGGGAGUGUAUUGUCUAACUAUUUGGAACAUCAACCAUUAGAAGACUACCAGUCUAUACGCUUCGAAUUCCCUGACAAGGACAUCAUGCUAAUUAGAGACUGCAACAUCCCCGGCCCCGAGGAAGGACAAGAUCCUGGAUCCCGAUGGACCUUGGUAUUUGAUGGAGCUUCUAACGCUCAUGGAAAUGGACAUCAUGCAUAUUGUAGUCAUCACAUCCCUAACUGGUUUUCAUCUCCCCUUCACGAGGCUUAUAUCUUUGGUAUUGAAGCUUCGGUUGAUCUUAGGAUCAAAAUUCUGGAAGUCUACAGAGAUUCAACUCUGGUUAUCAGCCAAGUCAAAGGAGAUUGGUACACUAGAGAUAACCAACUCAUUCCUUAUAAAGAGCAUGUCAAAUGGAAGAAUGAAGCACCAUCCUUUCACCUUAACUACUUGGACGAUCCUGCUUACUAUUUGAUAGCAGAAGAUGAAGCCGAUGGUCAUCCUUGGUUGUUUAACAUCAUGAGAUUCUUAGAUAACCAGGAAUACCCUGUGGAUGCAUCCAUCACCGACAAGAAGUAUCUUCGGAAAUUGUCAUCCAACUUCUUCUUAAGUGGAGAGGAAGAAAUGAUUGUUGGUAGAAAUGAUCGUGCAAUUGUUGAUGCCCUCGAGGAAAUGGCUCAAGCUAAUCAAGCCUUGCAAGUUAUUCAGAAUGGAUGA